GUUAAUUAAUUGAAGCGCACCUCAAAUCUAACUGGGUAGUUGAACACUCGAAAAACUCCCGUCAAUACGAACCACCAAAGUCACCACCAAAAGGUUAUCAGCAUUUAAUAGCCAAAAAAUAAAAACACAUUUUGCUUGUCAUUGUUAUUAGUCAGAAGCUAGAAAUUCGUGUUGAGUGUUGAGUUGAGGCAGAGAUUCAAGAGAAUGGAGGGUGUGAGCCCCGAGCCCCUGAGAUCAGAAUUGGAUUCCAAAUCCAAACAUGACACAGCAAAAGAAGAUGAUGACGCUUUGAAAGACAGCACUGAAGCCGAAGUCACCAAAAUUCGUCUCAUGAGAGCCUUUGUUGAAAGCCGAGAUCCCUCUUCCAAGGAAGAAAAUGAUUUGAUGAUGAGAAGAUUCUUGCGGGCUCGUAGUUUGGAUGUGGAGAAGGCUUCGGCAAUGUUCCUUAAGUACUUGAAAUGGAAGCGUUCAUUUGUUCCAAAUGGUUGCAUAUCACCGUCAGAGAUUGCCGAAGAUAUUGCACAGGACAAGGUGUUUACGCAAGGACUCGACAAGAAGGGUCGACCUAUAGUUGUUACCUUUGCUGCAAAACAUUUUCAAAGCAAAAAUGGUGCCGAUGGUUUCAAACGGUAUGUGGUGUUUGUUCUUGAGAAGCUUUGUUCAAGGAUGCCACCGGGGCAAGAAAAGUUUCUUGCCAUUGCAGACAUUAAAGGAUGGGCAUACGUAAACAGUGACCUUCGUGGAUACCUUAAUUCUCUAUCCAUUUUGCAGGAUUGCUACCCUGAAAGAUUGGGGAAGAUGCUUAUUGUACACGCACCUUAUAUGUUUAUGAAAAUUUGGAAAAUGAUUUACCCUUUCAUUGAUGAAAAUACCAAGAAAAAGAUCGUAUUCGUGGAGAACAAAAAGCUGAAAUCAACAUUGCUAGAAGAGAUAGAGGAGAGUCAAAUCCCGGAUAUAUACGGAGGCCAAAUGCCAUUAGUUCCUAUCCAGAAUAGCUGAUUAAAAUCAUUGAAAGCCUUUUUGGCCAAUUUAUUUUCUCCAAAUAAUUUCAACUUCUGUACCAGGAGUUAAAUGCAGAUUGGAGUUCUCUAGUUGGUCAGAUUAUCUUAGCAGAUUCACAUAAACUUGAUUAUGCAUUGCUUAAUGCUUAUAUAAAGCAGGCUAUUAUGCAAUAUAUUUUUUAGAAUUCCAAUGCACAUCCUCAAAUUCCAAAACACAAAGUAAAAAAAGAAACAAUUUGCUGCUUAUAAGCUCUACCAA